GGCGGACUGAGGUGGAAAUAACCGCUCGGUAGGCGGCACGAGAUCGUUUUCUACGGAGGGGAGGAAUUAGAGCCGUGGGUGGGCUGGACAGCUUCAGAAACACUUGGGGUAGGCUGGAGGUCCUGCAUAAGAGCAUACGAGCCCCGUGUUUACGCUGGAGUGACAGGCAUGUGGGAGCGGGCUCACUGGCUGCCAUCUUGCGAGUGGGAAUCAGCACGGACCAGGGAAGCGGGAUUUCCUCCACGGUCUUAGGCCGCGGUUACCCGAGCAACCGGCCGCCAUCUUGGCAGAGGAGGGAGGGGUCGUUCAUGGAGUAGAGCAGAAGUGCAGCCAUCUUUGCAACACAACAGAGGGUGGGUGGAGCUUCAGGGUCCCAGUGACCAGGAGGAAAACUCAUUGACUCUUUGAUUUUAUUCUUACUCUGCACACAGCGGCUGGAGAACAGAACCCAACCAAAGUAGAGGGACGGAGAAAUCUGAGAUUGGAUAAAAGAUACAGUGUGAUGGAUUUGGAUUUCAGCACAAGGAAGAGGAAGAGUGUGUGCGACAGAGAUUUACAGCUUUGGGGUAACAAGACACGAAAAAAUGUCCCAUAGAAGCUAGAAUUGCCUGUUAUGGAUUUCUAUCCUGAACUUACAUUGAAGACUUUGUCAACUCUUUUUACAGGAUUUUAGAAGGCAAGAGUUGCCAAGAAACCCAAGCUAAAUAUGCAGUCAAGAUCUGACAGUCACUCGAUUCAUUAGGACAUGAAUAUCGGUGCCUUUGAAUAUGAAAGGAGAAAUAUUUGUCUGUCGUGGCUGCAGAAAAGUACUUCACACUGACUGACUGUCUGACUGGACAAGGACCAAGACGCACAUACCUGAGUGAGAGCAUUCCAGUACACUGACUGGAAAGAGCUUUUUCCAGUUACACUGCCUGAGAAAACAUUCACAGUGGGGAGAAAGCAUACACGUCUUGUGUGUGUGGACGAGGCAUCAACUAAUCUAUCAUGGAGAAACCGUGGAAAUGUGGGGACUGUGGAAAGGGAUUCAGUUAUCCAUCCCUGCUGGAAAAUCAUCAUCGCAUUCACACUGGGGAGAGACCCUUCACCUGCUCAGUGUGUGGAAAAGGAUUCACUCAGUCAUCCAAUCUCCUGACACACCAGCGAGCUCACACUGAAGUGAAGCCUUUCACCUGCUCAGUGUGUGGGAAGGAAUUUACUCAGUCAUCCAACCUCCAGACACACCAGCGAGUCCACAGUGGGGAUAGGCCAUUCACCUGCUCUGUGUGUGGGAAGGGAUUCAAUCAUCCAUCUAACCUGCUGAAACACCAGCGAAUUCACACUGGAGAGAGGCCAUUCACCUGUUCUGAUUGCGGGAAGGGAUUCACUCAGUCAUCUACCCUCCUGAUACACCAGCGAGUUCACACCGAGGAGAGGCCAUUCACCUGCUCCGUGUGUGAGAAAGGAUUCAAUCAUCCAUCCAACCUGCUGAAACACCAGCGAGUUCACACUGGGGAGAGGCCAUUUGCUUGCUCCGUGUGUGGCAGGGGAUUCACUCAGUCAUCUACUCUCGUGAUGCAUCAGCGAGCUCACAGCGAGGAGAGGCCAUUCACCUGCUCUGUGUGUGGGAAGGGUUUCAUGAGUUCAUCCAAACUCCUGACGCACCAGCGAGUUCACAGUGGUGAGAGGCCAUUCACCUGCUCUGUGUGUGGGAAAGGAUUCAUGAAUUCAUCUAUCCUCCUGAUACACCAGCGAAUUCACACCGGGGAGAAACCUUUUACCUGCUCUGUGUGUGGGAAGGGAUUCACUCAGUCAUCCAAUCUGUUGAGCCACAAGCGACUUCACAAGUGACUGUAAGGUUUGGAUUGUGAUGUUAAUGACAUCUGGGACUGAACCACAUUCAUUCUGACAGAUUAGGUUUGUUUAUGCUGAUGUUAAUAAUGCCUAUAACUUGGCUGUUAUUUAAUAUUCUGGAUCACCACCUACCUCAACUCCUCCACUGUUGCUAAGUUAUCAGACUGCUUAUCUAACAUCCAGUACUGUAUAAGCAGAAAUUUCCUCCAGAUAAAAAUUGGUAAAGCUGAAGCCGUUGUCUUUGGUACCUGCUCCAAGCUCCAUUUCCUAACCCCUGACUCCUUCCUUCUCCCUGUAACAGCCUGGGGUUAAGCCAGCCUGUUCACAACCUCUGUGUCACAUUUAAUCCUCAGGUAUUCAUUUCUCGGUUUGGUCAAGAGCCAUGCAGCCAGCCUACAGACUCACAUGAUCACUUCAGGCCUGGGAUCUAGUUUAUAUUAUUUGCAUGCAAUCUUGUCAAUUAAUGCAAUAAUAUAGCACAGUUAUAUGAAAUCUAAUACAGAUUAA